ACACAUCGCCAGGCACUCAUCAAUUAAUUGUGCUGAGGCAUACGCUAAAGCCCGACAAGAAGUUCUCUCUAUUCCGGGUACUUCAGUCAUCGAAGACAUCCAAUAUGCAAUGUAUCUUCUCUAUGAACAAUAUAAGGCUGAAACCUGGCCCGAGAAAUUCAAGCCAAAAUACGAUCUGUCGCUUGCAGAGUCUCCAACAAAGGAAGCCUUAGUUGCGGCCAGAAAACUGGAAGAAUUUUCAAACUUAACAACAGUUUUACAUCAAGAGCUUAAUUACGAUUUUUAUUGGGCCGUUAAUGAAACCUCGAGAAUUCUUUCGAAAGCUAUAGGAGAAGAAUAUGAUGAUCUUGAAGAAUGCGAUAACUCUAUGGAAGGUUUGUACAAAAAAUCGCACGUCUAUCAAUUAUAA